AUGCGUGUGCAUGCAUACAAUAUAUAUAUGUAUAUAUACGUAUAUAUGACAAGGACGGGCGAUUCUGGCUCUGAGAACGCCUCCUACCUCGACGCGGAAAACAUGCAUAACAUGGUUAAUGAAGAUCAUAAAGAUGAUGAUGACAAUGGUAAUAAUAAUCAUGAU